AAGUGGGCAGUAACCUGACUUUCACAUGUUCGGAGCUCAUACAGCUCAGGGCGGGGGUCUGACUUGAUGUGAUCUAUUAGUAUUCCCGUCCUUUGGGUGCGCAGUGUUGCCAGCCACAGAUCCACGUCAGGCCUGUAGCAACUGCUCGUCUUCUCCUGCCUUUUCCAAGGUUAGAGAUAGGCCUGCUCUGCAAACUGGAAACAGACGAAGACAAACACACUGUGAGCUGAUCUGAGUCCGCGAUCACCGGGAAUUAAGUUUUUUGAGCGUAUAGAUUUUUUUUUUUUUUUUUUUCCGGCACUGAGGCUGGAAGUGUCUUCUGUCGGCUGUAAAAUUGUGAGCGUGGACGUUGGCAGCGUUAUUUGGUCUGUAGAAGGGGGUUGAGCGGCUAAGAAAAGAUCCUUAUCAUCCGUUUUAUUGGUGCUUAAUGGAAACGCGCAAUCAUAAAAAAUGGUUGCAUUUGGAGCAUAUCCGUGAAUGCGAUCGUCUCCUACCGACAUCGGUGCGUCAGAGAAGACACCUCAGCUAGCUGGACUCUGGGUUGGGUGUGAAGUCUUCACUGUGCACCGUGCGCUGCUGGAGUGAAGGUGACUUGCGCCCCGUCGCAGUCAAGGCAAUGCGGAGAGGAGUCGCAAGCCGUCAUCCGGUACUUUUCCUGCGCUCCGAGGCUCGUCUGGGAGAAUAUUUGUUCGCUCUCCCACACUAAAGGGGAGGAACGAGUGGGAAAGACAUAACCCACAAAAAUAACCGAGAUUCAAUUGAGCCAGUAGUUGACGAAGGUGAAUUGAGCGUAAACGGAGGAGGGAAUAGGUGCACAGUGGUGCUGGGCGGUAAGGCAGGAAGAAAGAAAGAAGGAAAGAAAGAAAGUGGUGGAGUUUGGGGGGGGGAAUAGACAAGAAACCCGUUCUGUAUUAGGGCUGUUUUAUUAGUGGAUGUGUAUGCAUGAGUUCUGCAUCGAAUGGGCGCAAAAACCGCCCCAGAUCCGCCGGGAACAUCUUCCAGAUCGGCAAGCCUCCUUACCGAGACCCACAGAGGAGGGAGAGCACGGAAAGUACCCGCAAAGCCCAGCGCGCUGUGGCCGACUGCAGAAUGAUCGUCCAAGAAUUCAAUACGCUCGUGGCUCUGUACCGUGAACUGGUCAUCUCCAUUGGGGAAAUAACCGUGGAUUGUCCUUCUUUACGGGCCGAGAUGCUGAAGACCCGAACUAAAGGCUGUGAAAUGGCGAGAGCGGCACACCAGAGUCUGUCCUUGAUAUCAGGGCCAGAGGAUGGGGAGAUCCACCCUGAGAUCUGCAGGCUCUUCAUCCAGCUGCAGUGCUGUCUGGAGAUGUACAUCACUGAGAUGCUGAAAUCUGUCUGCUUGCUGGGCUCCCUGCAGCUUCACAGGAAAGGUAAAGACUCCUGUGGUCCUCUUGGAGUCGACAGCAAGAUAGAAGAGAGCUCAGACAUCCCCAUCCUAGAGGAUACCUCUUCCUCCCCCACCGACUGUCCUCAGCUCUGUUGGUUGGUGGCCACCGACAUAGAGAACAUAGAAAAAGAUAUGAGGGAGAUGAAGAACCUUCUCAGUAAACUCAGGGAGACAAUGCCUUUACCACUGAAGAACCAAGAUGACAGCAGUUUGCUGAACCUGACUCCCUACCCACUGGUCCGACAGAGGAAGAGGCGGUUCUUUGGGCUCUGUUGCCUAGUAACCAGCUAAGGGCCCCGCCUUCGUGGGUAGGAGGCAGCAACAAAGACACCAUUACCCACUGUCCUUCACCACUUGUGUCUCCCACCAAUCUUACUGCCAUUUUCAAAUAAAUUGUCUCUUUCUCUUUUUUUUAAAGGCUGCCCAUUUUAUAAUUUUAUUUUGUAAUACAAAGAAGAAUUGUAAUUGCAAUGUAAUGAAAACAAAAGUCAUGAACAUAUAUUUUAAGAUAUUUUGCAACAGAUUUUCCCUUUUUUGGUAAAUGAAGUCAGAUUAUUGCUUGUCCAACGUAAAAGAGAAUGAGAGGUCAUUUGAAAAAAAAAUGUCAGUGUUCAAUUACUUCCACAAACCUGAGUGAAUGGAAUGAGGAUUCAUGUUUUAAAGGGAAUAUUAUUGUUCGUUUUUGUCAGAAACAAUGUGAUAACUUCUGAAAAGCCUCCAAAUCUGUACGGAUGGCACUUGCAAAGACAAAGUUAUACCCUCUUCUCUUUAAGCAGAGAUGAUGGGUUUGUGCAGAGUAAGUUUGUUGUGUAUUACAGUCUCUGUUUUCUGUUUCUUGCUGUUUUUCUUCUAAAUGUACUUAAUUUAGUCUUCCAUAAACCAAGAACCUAUACCCAACUUUAACUUUUCAGCUUCAAAAUGGAAUAUAUGAUACAAUAUUCAAAAAGAGAACUUCUUUGCACACAAUAUCUAUCUAUAAAUCAAGACAUUAGACUUGUAUAUACACAUACUCUUUACGCAAUGCUCUAAAUUAUUCUGAGAGUUGGAGUUGGCUAAUGAUCUGUUGGUCAGUAUCAGGGUGGGGGGGGUCUCCCUUUGUCUGUGGCCGAUGGGUCAGACAGAGGGCAGGCAGCAUGAGUCUUGCUUAUUAUAAUUGUGAUCAAUGUUCGGGGCACAGUGAAGGUACAGUAGUAAAAGCUGAUAUAGGUCAUUUUACAUUGUUAAUAAAACUUUUGUUAUUAAAACGUA